AUGACCUUCACAAUCCCCACGCCACUACGUCCGACAUCCCUCCGAAAUCUCAACCUACUUCUCCGAACCGCUCCUCGAUAUAUCCAGAACCAAUUCCGAUGCCAAUCUACAUCCUCCCACUCUCAUUCGUCGGUCAAUCCGGAUGAAGUAUCGCAUUUCAAUGCUUUGGCUUCAACAUGGUGGGAUCCGCAUGGUUCUUCUAGGUUAUUGCAUUUGAUGAAUCCGCUGCGUCAUGAUUUUAUACGUACAUGUUAUGCCUCACAACCCAUACCACCUGCGGAUGCGGGCCUGAAAUAUCUGGAUGUAGGAUGUGGAGGGGGAAUAUUUGCGGAGAGUGCGGCGAGAUUGGGGAGUACGGGGAGUGUAACGGCGAUUGAUCCUUCGCCUGUAGUAUUGGAUGUUGCAAAGGGACAUGCGAGGAAAGAUCCAGGGUUGGCGAGAAAAUUAAAGUAUUUGAAUACUUCGAUUGAGGGGUUACCGAUACCGAAAACUAAAGAGGAUCAAUAUGAUGUGUUGUCGUUGUUUGAGGUUAUCGAACAUAUUACAUACCCGUCUUCGUUUCUAGAUAAAUGUGCACCGUUUGUGAAGCCCGGGGGGUGGAUCAUCAUGAGUACGAUGGCGAGGACGUGGACGAGUUGGUUGACGACGAAGGUGGUGGCGGAGGAUAUUUUGGGGAUUGUGCCGAGGGGGACGCAUGAUUGGGAUCAGUAUAUCAAUGAGGAGGAGUUGAGGGGACAUUUUCUAAGGGAGAGAGGUUGGAAUAGUCCGAUUGUGAGUGGAGUGGUUUAUGUGCCGGGGUUGGGGUGGAAGGUGGUGCCGGGGAGUGAGAAGGUGGGUAAUUAUUUCUUUGGGAUUAGGAGGGAUGAGGUUACGCAGGUGUGA